AUGUCUUCGAACGAAAGUGAACCUCUCGUGGCGCUGAUAGGUACUCUGGACACGAAGAAAGAAGAAUAUCAAUUUGCCACCACUUGGCUCGAAGCACAUGGGUGCAAAGUCGUCGUCCUAGAUGCCAGCACAAAAUCACCUCUCGACAGUCCGUCAUCGUUCAACCUCGGAGCACGAUCCGGUCUGUAUCGACCCAAGGAGCUGCUGAAGAGUCACUCUGACGAAUCAGACACGGUUAUCCCCACCGAGCGCUCGGCUCUGCGUGAUGCUCUUCGAGAAGCAUGUCUUGGCAAGCUUGCUCGACUUCAUGCAGAAGGAGCGCUGGAUGCCAUCGCCUCCUUCGGUGGCAGCCAGAACACAGCAUUUGCGACCUCGAUCAUGCGCGACGCUGCCUUCCCCAUCGGAUUGCCCAAAUUCAUGCUGACCACCAUGGCAAGUGGCGAUGUGAGCGAGUAUCUCGGCGAGAGUGACAUCUGCAUCAUGCCUUCAAUCGGCGACAUAUCUGGAUCACUGAACACUAUUACCCUGACAACGCUCCAAUCCGCUCUUGCUGCCAUCUCUGGGAUGGCGCAUGCAUGCCAUGCGUCCAAAAAGCAACAGGAAUCAGCGGUGUCAUCGAUCGACCAGCACAACAACAAGCCGAUGAUCGCAAUCAGCAUGUUUGGCGUCACCACCGAGGCCGUAAAUCAGAUCUCUGAGCUGCUCAAGCAGAGAGGAUACGAGCCAGUCGCUUUCCAUGCAACAGGCUCUGGAGGUCGCAGUAUGGAACGUCUCAUUCGGGAAAGUUACUUUGCCGCCGUCAUCGACCUGACCACUACAGAGAUCUGCGAUCACCUUUACGGUGGCGUCCUGUCUGCUGGUCCAGAUCGUCUUUCCGCAGCUACCGAGAAAGAAGUACCCCAGAUCGUCUCAGUCGGUGCCCUGGAUAUGAUCAAUUUUGGUUCCUUGUCUUCAUUGCCCGCCCGCUGCGAGCUUGAGGAUGGUGAGGGCCCCUUGCAUCACACUACAGAUGGCACGCCGGUGUACGAGCACAACAGCCAGGUGACACUGGUUCGCACCUCGGUGGAGCAGAACAAGGAGCUUGGGCGAUAUCUCGUCGAGAAGAUAUCUCAGAACAAGAAAGGAGCGCUGGCACGAGUCCUCUUUCCCAGGACCGGUAUUUCAGCUAUGGACGGCAAAGAUGGUGUUUGGGAUGACCCGGAAGCGAGAAAUGCGCUUCUGGACAGUAUACAAGCAACGGUCAAGCAACGCAACGAGUCUCGAGAGGGCCAGUCUGGGAUCAGUCUUGAGGUCAUCGAUCAUCACAUCAACAGCCGGGAGUUUGCUGAGAUUGUUGCUACUCGAGCCAUCGAGCUCAUAGAGACAGCCGAGGAUGCUCAACCAUCGUGA